AUGCCGGUGCGCCGGGGCCAUGGCCCCCAAAACACCUACCUGGACACCAUCAUUCGCAAAUUUGAAGGACAAAACCGCAAGUUCCUCAUUGCCAACGCCCAGAUGGAGAACUGUGCCAUCAUCUACUGCAACGACGGCUUCUGCGAGAUGUUCGGCUACUCGCGCGUGGAGGUGAUGCAGCAGCCCUGCACCUGCGACUUCCUCACGGGCCCCGACACCACCAAGAGCUCCAUUGCCCAGCUCACCCAGGCCCUGCUGGGCUCCGAGGAGUGCAAGCUGGAGAUCCUCUACUACCGCAAAGACACCUCGUGUUUCCGCUGCCUGGUGGAUGUGGUGCCUGUGAAGAACGAGGAAGGCGUCGUCAUCAUGUUCAUCCUCAACUUCGAGGAUCUGGCCCAGCUGAUCGCCAAGAGCACCGGGCGGAGCCUGCACCGGCGCCUGUCGCACAGCUGGAACAAAGAGGCUUCCCACGUCAAACCCAACCCCCCGAACUCCACGUCGGACUCGGACCUCAUGAAGUACAGGACCAUCAGCCAGAUCCCCCAGUUCACACUCAACUUCGUGGAGUUCAACCUGGAGAAGCACCGCUCAGGCUCCACCACAGAGAUCGAGAUAAUUGCUCCCCACAAGGUGAUGGAGCGCACCCAGAACGUCACCGAGAAGGUCACACAGGUGCUGUCCCUGGGCGCUGACGUCCUUCCCGAGUACAAGCUGCAGGCGCCGCGCAUCCACCGAUGGACCAUCCUGCACUACAGCCCCUUCAAGGCCGUGUGGGACUGGCUCAUCCUCCUGCUGGUCAUCUACACAGCCGUCUUCACCCCCUACUCGGCCGCCUUCCUGCUCAACGAGGAGCAGGUGGAGGAGAAGCGCUGGGACUGCAGCUACUCCUGCGACCCGCUCAACAUCAUUGACCUCAUCGUGGACAUCAUGUUCAUCGUGGACAUUGUCAUCAACUUCCGCACCACCUACGUCAACAUCAACGACGAGGUGGUGAGCCACCCCGGCAAGAUCGCCAUCCAUUACUUCAAGGGGUGGUUCCUCAUCGACAUGGUGGCUGCCAUCCCCUUCGACCUGCUCAUCUUCCGCUCUGGCUCUGAUGAGACCACCACCCUCAUUGGCCUCCUGAAGACUGCCCGGCUGCUGCGCCUGGUGCGCGUGGCGCGGAAGCUGGACCGCUACUCGGAGUACGGAGCAGCCGUGCUCUUCCUGCUCAUGUGCACCUUCGCCCUCAUCGCCCACUGGCUGGCCUGCAUCUGGUACGCCAUCGGCAACGUGGAGAGGCCCUACAUGGAGCACAAGAUCGGCUGGCUGGACAACCUGGGUGACCAGAUCGGCAAGCGCUACAACGACAGCGACCUCUCCUCUGGCCCAUCCAUCAAGGAUAAAUAUGUCACUGCCCUCUACUUCACCUUCAGCAGCCUCACCAGCGUGGGCUUUGGCAAUGUCUCGCCCAACACCAACUCCGAGAAGAUCUUCUCCAUCUGUGUCAUGCUCAUUGGCUCUCUGAUGUACGCCAGUAUCUUCGGCAAUGUCUCGGCCAUCAUCCAGCGCCUCUACUCAGGCACAGCACGCUACCACACGCAGAUGCUGCGGGUCAAGGAGUUCAUCCGCUUCCACCAGAUCCCCAACCCCCUGCGCCAGCGCCUGGAGGAGUAUUUCCAGCACGCCUGGUCCUACACCAACGGCAUUGACAUGAACGCGGUGCUGAAGGGCUUCCCUGACUGCCUGCAGGCCGACAUCUGCCUGCACCUGAACCGCACGCUGCUGCAGAACUGCAAAGCGUUCCGGGGAGCCAGCAAGGGCUGCCUGCGCGCCCUGGCCAUGAAGUUCAAGACCACUCAUGCCCCGCCCGGAGACACCCUGGUGCACUACGGAGAUGUCCUCACCACCCUCUACUUCAUCUCCCGGGGCUCCAUUGAGAUCCUCAGGGAAGACAUUGUGGUGGCCAUCUUAGGGAAGAACGACAUCUUUGGGGAGCCCAUCAGCCUCUACGCCCGCCCAGGGAAGUCCAACGCCGACGUGAGGGCCCUGACCUACUGCGACCUGCACAAGAUCCAGCGUGAGGACCUGCUGGAGGUCUUGGACAUGUACCCAGCCUUCUCUGACAACUUCUGGAGCAACCUAGAGAUCACCUUCAACCUGCGAGAUGCAGACAGCGUUCCCCGCUCACCCCUCAGCGAGGAGUAUGACUGCACCUACCGCCGGGCUCGCCGCCGCAAGCACUCCCCGUGCCAGCCCCACAAGCCUGACCCAGACACGGGCAUCUCUGACCCAGAGCAGUAUCACACCUACUCCGAGCUCACCAACCCGCAGGAGCCGCUGAGUAAGGACCAGUGGGACGAGCUGGGCAGCAGCACCUCUCCCUGCUCCCAGGCCAGUGAUGAUGAGGCCAAGACUGGCAGUCCUGUGAAAGCUGAGCCCUUCCCCACACCCAAAAAGGAUGACUUGGCUCUGCCCUCGCUCAGCCUCAUCACCACCAGCGCCGGCAACACGGAGGUUGGCAAGCAGGCAGCAGAGAGCAGCCAGUCCUACACAGCCACUCCCCUGGACAUUCCCAACAUGUUCAGCUUCUGGGAGGACCGGCAGGCAGCCCACCCUGCAGAGCCCCUGCAGCACAUCUCGCUGGUGCACAGCUCACAGGACGUACUGCACGGCGACUGCAGGCCAGGGCACAUCGAGUCCAGGCUGGAGCUCCUGCAGGCCCAGCUCAGCAGGCUGGAGUCCAGGAUGUCGUCAGACAUUCAUGUAAUCCUGCAGCUCCUGCAGCGCCAGCUGUCCCAAGUGCCGCCCGCAUACAGCCCCAUCUCGCCCAGCUCCCAGAGCCUGGCCAUGUACGGCGUCGUCCCGCGGAGCCUGGAGCCGCUCGCCCCCUGUGCAACGCUGCAGGACCAGGAGCUGCCCACCCAGGAGCAGAGCCCGAGCUACACGGAGGUAGAAAAGUUCCACUUGAAAUCCAGGGACUCCUUGUCAAGCGGGAUGCAGCUGUCUGUGUCAUCCGACAAAACCCUGACCGUCUACUCCGAGCAGGAGCACCACUCCCCACCUCUCCCCAGCCCAGAGCCUCCCAACCAAAGGGCACCAAGCAUCCAGGGACUCUCGCGGGGCUCUCGUUUCCCUUCCCUCCCUGAGCACUUGGAGGCAUCUUCCGAGCACCAGGACAUUCAGAGACACCUCUCCGACCCCGUGCUUCCUGCAAGUUAGAGACGUGGGGGCCAGUCAAGAGGAACCUCAACUGCAAGCCCGGCCAGUUGAUGCUGAUUUUGACUGCAAGGGUAAGACAUUGGACAAUGCCAUUGGCUCAGGGGUAUAAUUUGUAGCUAUCUUCUGCCACCGUGACAGGAAGGAUAGAGUGGCUGGCUUCCGAGGUCAACGUUUUCCAGCGGUUCCCAUAGAGUAGAUUUCAUUUGCACAUUAGAGCGAACCUAGAACAAUUCUUACAGCCACCACCGAGCUGGUUAGGCCACGUGGUUCCCACCACCUCCUCCUUGCCAAGGCUUCUUCUCGAGAAGGGCACAAGCCAAGCGAGCCACAGCAACCACAGGAGAGCAAAUCCAGGGCUCUGGGCUGCGAGGCUGCUGUGCUGGAAACC